AAGCCUCUGCCAGAGCUGUCGGUGGAAGAGAGUAGCCUGUCGUCGGUAGCCUACACGGACUGAAAAUACAAGUCGAGUACUGCUGGACUUCGGAGUUUACCGUCGAGCAUCUCGCUUUGUUUCAAAAAAAUACAUUUCGUUUUGCAUCCUGACUUUUCCACAUUGGGAGCUGGGGACAUUUGCUGUCAGCUAACUUCCACAAUAGGUCGCUGCGUCGCUGGACUGCUGCAUGUGUCUUAUUGUAGCUUAACAGUUUUGACUCCAGCCCUUCCAGCCGUGCCCAAUGCUGAGGAAUGGAUAGUGUGUCUGCUAAAGGUGGGAAGAUGGUCGAGAGUGAUGAGCAGCCGGAGAGGGAUAGCGGCGGCGGUGGCGCAGCGAUGGCCGCACUACAUCAAUGCGAACUCAUCCAGAAUAUGAUUGAAAUCUCCAUCUCCAGUUUACAGGGGCUCCGGACCAAAUGCGCCGCGUCCAACGACCUCACACAGCAAGAAAUACGCACUUUAGAGGUGAAGUUGAUGAAAUACAUCUGUAAACAGCUGCAGUGCAAGCAGAAAGUGCCAGAGACAGAGAGGCCCGAGGCCCUGGACAGCUACCCGCACUUACGAGACUGGCUACGCACCAUCAACCUGCGACCAGAGCUCAUCGAGGCAGUUGAAGCAAAGUUGUCCCUGGAUGCCUUACUGCAGAUGACAGGUGCUCAGGUGAGGGAUACAAUGCGAAGACUAGGGUCCAGUUCAGAAGAAUGUGCUAGGCUCAGUGCUGCCCUCUCCUGUCUGAAGAGUGCCACUGAAUCAGGAGGUGAACUGAGAGAGGAUGGCGGCCCCUGGCUGUCUGAGCCCACAAGGAGGGACAGUGGCUCUCUGUUGACUGCAGACCAGCUAACCAGCCUGGGGACUCCACUCCGCCCUCACAGUCCCUCACCUCUCGCCCGCCCAUCCGCCAUCCAGUCCACCCCAUCCACCCCCUGCGCCACCUUCCCUCAUCCCCGCUCUGGUUCGGUGUCGGCAGCACCCACGCCUGAGGCGCUGGCAUCAUAUGGCCACAGUGAAAGCCCUUUCACAGAUCCAUUCCCAAUGUCCUUAGCUCGCGCAGCACGGCUCCACGGACACACAUCCACCCCACCCAUAACUCCACCCUCAAAGAGGCGUCACCGACUGAAGCCCCCCUGCACUCCUCCACCUCCGUCCCGCAAAGUGCUGCAUCUACUUCCCAACAUCACCCUGACACGCAGCAAAAGCCACGAGUCCCAGCUGGGCAACCGCAUCGAGGACCCGCCCACCAAUAAGUGUGUUAAAAAGAAUAAGCUGUUACUGAAUAUGCAAGUUAACGGGAAUGGAUGUGAGGACUCACCUUCCCGUUACCCUGUCAUGUCUGCGCGCACUCCUGGAGUCCUCCCAGCUGCCACCACAGCAUCCUACAACCUGCCUGGCACGCCCACCCUCAUGGAGGAGCACAGCACCAUUAAGAAUAACGUAGCAGUGCAUCGCAGCUCCCCACAAGCAGUGAGGAGGGACAUCGGCCUAGCAGUCACACACAGGUUUUCAACCAAGUCCUGGCUGUCCCAGACGUGUCAGGUGUGCCAGAAGAACAUGAUGUUUGGGGUGAAGUGCAAACACUGUCGGUUAAAGUGCCACAACAAAUGCACCAAGGAGGCCCCAUCCUGCAGAAUCUCAUUUCUACCAAUUGCCAAAAUUCGGAGGACCGAGUCUGUUCCUUCUGAUAUAAACAACCCUGUGGACCGGCCGCCAGAAGCACCGCAGUUUGGCACACUACCGAAGGCCAUUACGAAAAAGGAUCAUCCUCCUGUGCUGAACCAGCUGGACUCCAGCAGCAAUCCGUCCUCCACCACCUCGUCCACACCUUCCUCCCCUGCACCCUUCCAGCAGAGCAACCCCCCCAGCGCCACCCCACCACCCAACCCCUCGCCAAAAGGCCACCGGGACAGCCGCUUCAACUUCCCAGCUGCCUGUUACUUUCAGCACAGACAGCAGUUUAUCUUCCCCGAUGUAUCCAGUCCUGCUCAUUUGCACCCUGAUGUUCUCCAAGACUCUGUCAGUGAGAUCGAGCAGUCGGCGGAUGACAUUCAUGCUGAGCUGGUAGAGGAUGAAGAUGAAGAGGAAGGGGAGGAGGAAAUUGAGGUUGAAGAUGAAGACCCCGAUGCAGAGGAUGAUAAUGAGGAAGAAGAGGAAGAUGAUGAGAAUGAAGGGGAAGACGAGGAUGAUGGGGAGGACAUCAGGAUGAACGUAGGCUCAGAUGGUGAGUGUGAUGAGCUGGAUGACCUGCCCAGCUCUCGGGGAAACCAGUGGAAAGGCCCCAUCUCCCGCAAGGCGAGUCAGACCAGUGUGUACCUGCAGGAGUGGGACAUCCCCUUUGAGCAGCUGGACCUCGGAGAACUCAUAGGAAAGGGCCGCUGGGGCAAAGUGCACAAGGGUCGGUGGCACGGCGAGGUCGCUAUCCGACUUCUUGAGAUUGACGGGAACAAUCAGGAUCACCUGAAGCUCUUUAAAAAGGAGGUGAUGAACUACAGACAAACCAGGCACGAGAAUGUGGUCCUCUUUAUGGGGGCCUGCAUGGCUCCACCCCAUCUAGCCAUCAUCACCAGUUUCUGUAAAGGGAGGACGCUGUAUUCAGUUGUAAGAGACACUAAAAACACUUUGGAUAUUAAUAAGACAAGACAAAUUGCUCAGGAGAUUGUAAAGGGAAUGGGCUAUCUGCACGCUAAAGGCAUUGUUCACAAAGACUUGAAGUCAAAGAAUGUUUUUCAUGACACCAAUAAAGUCAUAAUCACAGACUUCGGGCUGUUUGGCAUCUCUGGAGUUGUUCAGGAGGGAAGGCGUGAGAACAAACUAAAACUUCCACAUGGCUGGAUUUGUUAUCUCGCACCAGAGAUUGUGCGCAGGAUGAGCCCAGGUAACAAUGAGGACCGCCUUCCUUUUUCCACCGCAGCAGAUGUGUACGCCUUUGGCACCAUUUGGUAUGAGCUUCAAGCAAGGGACUGGCCAAUCACCAACCAGCAUGUGGAAGCUACCAUCUGGCAGGUGGGGAGCGGAGAGGGCAUAAAGAAGGUCUUGGCGGAGAUCAGCCUCGGCAAGGAGGUCACUGAGAUCCUGUCCGCCUGCUGGGCGUACGACCUGAGAGAGAGGCCGACCUUCACCCAGCUGGCCGACAUGCUGGAGAAGCUGCCCAAGCUCAACCGCAGGCUCUCCCACCCCGGACAUUUCUGGAAGUCUGCAGAGUUGUAGCAGUCACUCUGAAACAUAAGCAAUGCAAAACAAAGCCUGGGUCUGCCUUGCAUGCUCCUGUAUCCUUAACUCUUACAGGAUUGAUCAAAGCAUUGCCUCUGCCUGAAACAGACACUGCUUCCACUAAUCCACAGUCUGAUCUUCCAUGUCUAACCGUUGGGGUUUCUUGUUGGGAAGAGAGGAUCGGUGGAGCGAGGUGUGGCGGGAGGGGGAGGGGAGGGGACACAGCUGUCGUCCUUCACGCUUUCCCUCCUUUCGUCCAGUAUCUCUUUGCCUUCCUUUUUUUUUUUGUUCUGUGAUGUCGUCCGGGACUCUGAGCAUUGUGAAUAACUGGCUUGUGGUGUCUGUGCUGAGACUGACUGGUGUGCUGUGGUCUGCGCCCGCUGACGGUCGCCCCGUCCUCGGGCCUGCUCACCUUCUCUGUGCUGCUGUGAUGUGGUUGUUCUCGCCGGGGCCCUGACCAACCACACGGCUCUUUUUCUCUCUGAAACACACACAAAUAAAAAAACACUGCUGGACAUAAAAUGGACCCUGCUACCAAAUGGACCACUUCAUUUAUCUGUGUUUUCCCUGAGGGGGUUUACACACGUUUGCAGGCUGAGCGAUGUUCUCAAACCAACUGCCUCUCUGCUCCUCUCUCUCAGUUUUGAACGGUUGUGUGAUGGCAUGUGGUGAGAUGGCCCAUGUCUAGACACAAUAUGCACUUUGUCAACAGGAAAAAAAUAAUCAUGAACUCUUUUUGUUGUUGUUGUUUAGUUUGAAUAGUCAUAUUUGCAGUGUUUUUGUUUUUCUUUUUCUUCAGGAGGGUCUCAGAGGCUCUGAGAGUGUGAUAUGCUCACUUGUAUGUUGUCUUUUUUUGGAGUAUAACCUGGUAAAUUCACUGUUUAUUGGAUGCAUCUGAAAACAGGGCACUGAUGAAGACUUCUGUACGCUAAACAGCAGCUGAAACGAAAAGACACAGGUGAAAUAUUCCCUUCAUCAUUCACAAUCCACAUGGGGAAUAGAAUAAUGCUGGCUAUUUAUGAUAAAAGACUUUUUAAUAAUAAUGUCCAUCCAUUGAAGUGUAAAGUGCACCUUAUAAGAGUUAUUUAGAAAGAUCCUUCUUUCAAGAAGUCGAGCAAUUUCAUUCUCUGCGCAAAAACAAAAAAUAUAAAUCAGGAACCUGGCGCAAAAGUGUCCUAUAUCUUCCUAAGACAUUACCUCUUGUGCGCGCUUGUGUAUACUGUUUGUGAUUGCUGGCUUCAGUUGGCGUGCUUGUAUUUAUGUGUUGUGUGUGGGUGCACGUGUGACUGAGUGAGCGUACCGUGUCUGAACACGUAGGGUUGGUUUUGACCGCAGUAAACGUCGUGUUGCAAAUCCAAUGGUAUGUAAUGUACAUACAUUAUUUAAUGUAUAGCAAAUGAACAUGAUUCUUCUAAUAUUUGUAUAAACAUUUUUCUAUGUAAAAUACAUCACAACAUUUUUGAAUAGGUACUGCUAUGGCUAUUACAGAUGUAUAUAUAUUUAUAUUUUUUUCAUGUAUAAAAAUAACUGUAUAAAAGCUGUACAAUUUUUUAGAACGGGCCAAUACAUGUUUUUUUAUGUUAUUGUAAAAAUUCAUAUUUUUGUAUUGCAUGUGACUACCAUUCUGUACACGCAGUUUCUGUUUUCAUCCAUGAAAGACAAUAAAAUGAGGCUUGUCAUGUAA